UCUCUCUCUCUCUCUCUCUCUCUCUCUCUCCUUCCAGUCACACACACACACACACUCGGGAGCAGCGCUUUGACGCACCACGCAGAGUUGGAUUAUAGUGUUGCGCGCUGGUCUUCCACGGGGCUUUUUCCCUCUCUCACGUUGCCUGCACCCUCUCCACUCACCGGCCAUUGAUACAUGAUCGGAAUCAAUUGGCACAUGAUCGGAAUCAAGUGAUACAUGAACGGAAUCAAUACCUCGCGCAGCACGGUGACCUCCGCUGAGCUUUUGGGAAACAACCGAGCGCCGCCGCUGAUUCCUCGCCGGACGCGUGUUGUGAAUUAAUAACCAAGACAGCCUCACCUGGAGUGUGUGUGUGGACUGAAGUGUGUCUGCGAGAGAGUGUGUGCGUGUGUUUCUGUGGAUCAGGUCAAGGUUUGAGGUGUUCCACCAGCACACACGCAUAUUUAGACGGCACACACAACAAGCGUAGCGCACACCGGGGAGAUUUGCGCACCGCAUGCCGGGGACAUGUGGAAGUUUGCUCCGCUGUAGCGCAGCGAGAGAGCCGCUCCACCGCCUCGUCGACCUCCCCUCUCCCUGCCCAGGGGGGGACCAAACUCCCGGCUCACAGCGUUCACACGCAGAAACCCCUCCAAGGAGACCCAAAUGUAAAUUCAGCACGAGAAAGCUCACAAACAUACGUGUGAAGCACGGAGGACAGCGAGAAGGAGGACGACAUAGUUCAUAGAGCCAGAGUUUGGUGAGCUCUUUCAGGGAUUUUUUUUAUUAUUUUUAAACGCCCUUGUAUUUCCUCGCUGUUUUUGUGGGUCUCAUAUUGGCCCCCCACUUGCCGCAGUGAUGGUGGGAGCUCUGAGCCCCGUUGGCCCUGGCCGCUCCCCGGCGACUGCUCCAGGGCUGCCGCUGCUGCUGACGGCUGUCCUGGUCCUGGUGCUGUCCAGCGGAGCAGGCGGCCAGCCCUGCCCGACCCAGUGCUCCUGCACCGGCACCACAGUGGACUGUCACGGCCAAGGGCUCCGCAGCGUGCCCAGGAACAUACCCCGCAACACGGAGAGACUGGAUCUGAAUGCAAACAACCUCACUAAGAUCACAAAGACGGAUUUUGCAGGACUGAGGCAUCUGCGAGUGCUGCAGCUAAUGGAGAACAAAAUCUUCACCAUCGAGAGAGGAGCCUUCCAGGACCUGAAGGAGCUGGAGAGACUGCGCCUGAAUCGGAAUAAUCUGGCCAUCUUUCCCGAGCUGCUUUUCCUGGGAACGACGAAGCUCUACAGACUUGAUCUCAGCGAGAACCAGAUCCAGGGGGUCCCAAGGAAAGCCUUCAGGGGAGCUGUGGAGAUCAAGAACCUCCAGUUGGACUACAACCACAUCAGCUGUAUCGAGGAUGGAGCUUUCCGAGCAUUGCGUGACCUGGAAGUGCUCACCCUCAACAACAACAACAUCAGCCGACUGUCUGUGGCCAGUUUCAACCACAUGCCAAAGCUCAGGACCUUUCGCCUGCACUCCAACAACCUGCAGUGUGACUGUCACGUGGCCUGGCUGUCGGAGUGGCUGCGACAACGCCCCCGUCUGGGUCUUUACACGCAAUGCAUGGCCCCCCCACACUUGAGGGGACACAACGUGGCAGAGGUGCAGAAGAAGGAGUUUGUGUGCACAGAUGAAGACGAAGGUCACCAGUCGUCCUCGUCCUCGUCCUGCAGUGUGUUACAGUGCCCGGAGUCGUGCACCUGCAGUAACAACAUCGUGGACUGCAGAGGGAAGGGACUGACAGAAAUACCCACCAACCUGCCUGAAACCAUUACUGAGAUCCGACUGGAGCAGAACGCCAUCAAGGUGAUCCCAGCUGGAGCCUUUUCUUCGUAUAAGAAGCUGCGCAGGAUAGAUUUGAGUAACAACCAGAUAUCGGAGCUGGCCGCGGACGCCUUCCAAGGUCUGCGCUCCCUCAACUCUCUGGUACUAUAUGGGAACAAGAUCACUGAGAUCUCCAAAGGACUGCUUGAGGGACUAUUUUCUCUGCAGCUAUUGUUACUGAAUGCCAAUAAGAUAGCGUGUCUGCGAGUGGAUGCAUUUCAGGACCUCCACAACCUCAAUCUGCUCUCGCUCUAUGACAACAAGCUCCAGACCAUCGCCAAGGGAACUUUCGCCUCGCUAAGAGCCAUUCAAACGCUUCACUUAGCCCAGAACCCGUUCGUCUGUGACUGCCAUCUGAAGUGGCUGGCUGACUACCUGCAGGACAAUCCCAUCGAGACCAGCGGUGCUCGCUGCACCAGCCCGCGGCGGCUCGCCAACAAACGAAUCGGACAAAUCAAGAGCAAGAAGUUCCGCUGCUCAGCUAGAGAACAGUAUUUCAUUCCAGGAGUACACCAUGUCGGCUGUACUGAGGAUUACCGCAGCAAGCUCGGAGGGGACUGCUUCGCCGACUUGGCCUGCCCCGAGAAGUGUCGCUGCGAGGGCACCACGGUCGACUGCUCCAACCAGAAACUCACCAAAAUACCAGAUCACAUUCCCCAGUACACCGCAGAACUGCGCCUCAACAACAAUGAAUUCACUGUGCUGGAGGCGACGGGGAUCUUCAAAAAGUUGCCUCAGUUGAGGAAGAUUAACCUGAGCAAUAACCGUAUCACUGACAUAGAGGAGGGGACAUUUGAAGGAGCCUCAGGGGUGAACGAGCUGAUUCUCACCUCCAACAGACUGGAGAACGUACACCACCGCAUGCUGAAGGGACUGAGUGGCCUCCGCACACUUAUGCUGAGGAGCAAUCGUCUCAGCUGUGUGAGUAACAGCAGCUUCGUGGGGUUGAGCUCGGUGCGUCUCCUGUCGCUCUAUGACAACCAGAUCACCUCUAUGAACCCUGGAGCCUUCGACACACUGCACUCCCUGUCCACGCUAAAUCUUCUGGCCAAUCCCUUCAACUGUAACUGUCACCUGGCUUGGCUCGGCGAUUGGCUGAGGAGGAAACGCAUCGUCACUGGUAACCCUCGCUGCCAGAGCCCUUACUUCCUGAAGGAGAUCCCCAUCCAGGACGUAGCUGUCCAGGACUUUGCCUGUGAAGAUGGUAACGAUGAGAACAGCUGUUCUCCGGUGCUGAGGUGUCCCGCGGAGUGCUCCUGUCUGGACACUGUGGUGCGCUGCAGCAACAAGGGGCUCAGCACGCUGCCCAAAGGCCUCCCCAAAGAGACCACUGAGCUGUACCUGGAUGGUAACCACUUCACUCAGGUUCCUGCGGAGCUCUCCGAAUACAAACACCUAACGCUGAUUGACUUGAGUAACAACCAGAUCAGCACAUUGUCCAACCACAGCCUCAGUAACAUGUCCGAGCUGCUUACCCUAAUCCUCAGCUACAACCGUCUGCGGUGUAUCCCAGUGAGAGCGUUCGAUGGACUCAAGUCUCUACGUCUGCUGUCUCUCCAUGGUAACGACAUAUCACUGAUACCAGAGGGAGCUUUCAAAGACCUGUCAUCACUCUCCCACUUGGCUCUGGGUGCCAACCCUCUGUACUGUGACUGCCACAUGCAGUGGCUGUCAGACUGGGUGAAGAGCGGCUACAAGGAGCCUGGCAUCGCCCGCUGUGCCGGGCCCGGAGACAUGACCGACAAACUGCUGCUCACCACGCCGUCCAAGAAGUUCACCUGCACAGAAGUCCCGGGGCCUUGUGGUUUUCUGGUGCCAGGUCCAGUAGACAUGAGUAUCCAGGCCAAGUGUGAGCCCUGCCUGUCCAACCCCUGCAAGAACGACGGCACCUGCUCCAAUGACCCUGUGCACUAUUACCGCUGCACCUGCCCCUACGGAUUUAAGGGCCAAAACUGUGAGGAGCCCAUUCACGCCUGCAUUGGGAACCCCUGCCAGAAUGGUGGAACCUGCCAUCUGAAGGAAGGAGAAGAGAGUAACUUUUGGUGUGUGUGUCCGGAGGGCUUCGAAGGUGACGCAUGCGAGAUCAACAUCGAUGACUGUGAAGACAACGACUGUGAGAACAACUCCACCUGUGUUGAUGGAAUCAACAACUACACGUGCAUGUGCUCCCCAGAAUACACAGCUGCUACCAAUGAGGUGGAGAGAGGCGAGCUGUGUGAAGAGAAACUGGAUUUCUGUGCUCCGGAGCUGAACCCGUGUCAGCACGACUCAAAGUGCAUUUUGAUCCCACAGGGAUACAAGUGUGAGUGUACUCCGGGCUACGUAGGUGAGAAUUGUGAGCUGGACUUUGACGACUGUGAAGAGAACAAGUGUCAGAACGGAGGUCAGUGCAUUGAUGCCGUCAACGGAUACACCUGCGUCUGUCCAGAGGGCUACAGCGGGUUAUUCUGUGAGUUCUCUCCCCCGAUGGUCCUUCCCCGCACCAGCCCCUGCGACAACCACGAGUGUCUGAACGGGGCGCAGUGCGUCGUCGUGGAAACCGACCCCCGCUGCCAGUGUCUCCAGGGCUAUGAGGGCGAGAGCUGCGAGACGCUCGUCAGUGUCAACUUUGUUAACCGCGAAUCCUACCUGCAGCUUCCCUCCAGUCUCCUCUCACCACAGACCAACAUCAGCCUUCAGAUCGCCACAGAUGAGGACAGCGGCGUGUUAUUGUACAAAGGGGACAAUGACCACAUUGCCAUGGAGCUGUACAGGGGACGCCUGCGGGUCAGCUACGACACCGGGUCCUACCCUCCUUCUGCGAUAUACAGUGUGGAGACAGUGAAUGAUGGCAGUUUUCAUGCGGUGGAAUUAGUAGCAUCAGACCAGACUCUGUCUCUGUCCAUCGACGGUGGGACGCCCAAAUCCAUCAACUCCAUCAGCAAACAAUCCACGCUCAACAUAGACUCUCCACUUUACCUGGGAGGGAUGCCGGAGCGUGCGUCAGCCUCGGGGGGUCUGUCGGCCCUGCAGCACAGCUCAGGUGGACGCAACGGCACCAGCUUCCACGGCUGCCUUCGUAACCUGUACAUAAACGGGAAGCUCCAGGACCUGGGGGCUGGGUUUGGGCCAGGGGCUCCAGGCUCUGGGACAGCACAGAGCACCACCAGUCAGUGGCUGGGCCAAGGAGUGGAGCCAGGCUGCCAGCCGUGCCAGAGAGGUGCCUGUCCCCAGGGUGACUGCCACGCCACAGGUCACCGAGGCUUCACCUGCACGUGCCACCCGGGCUGGACGGGAGCACUAUGUGACCAGCAAGUUAACAACCCCUGUGAUGGCAAUAAGUGUAUCCAUGGCACGUGCCUUCCAAUCAACUCCUACUCGUACUCCUGCCGCUGCCAGCCUGGUUUUGCCGGCGUCCUCUGCGAUGAGCAGGACCAGGACCCUGCUAAUCCCUGCAGUCUGUCUCGCUGCAAACACGGUAAAUGCCGGGUGUCAGGCCUGGGUAAAGCAUACUGCGAGUGUAACAGUGGAUACACAGGAGAGGCGUGCGACAGAGAGGUGGCCUGCCGAGGGGAACGGAUCCGAGAUGUCUACCAGAGACAGCAAGGCUACGCGGCGUGCCAAACCCAGGAGAAGGUCUCCCGUCUAGAGUGUCGGGGCAGCUGCACGGGGGGAGCAGAAGGACAAGGCACCUGCUGCACCCCCCUCCGCAGCAAACGCAGGAAAUACACCUUCCAGUGCACUGACGGCUCGUCUUUUGUCCAGGAAGUGGAGAAAGUGGUCAAGUGCGGCUGUACAAAGUGCCCCUCGUAAAAAAAAAGAAAGAAAGGAAAAAAAGAGACGAUACCCAUGGCAGAUUUCCUCCUCGCCAGAUAUGUUCUGUGUUCCUGCCCGCCUUACUUGACCCCCGUCUCCCGAUUCUUCCAGCCUCUACAGUCCUCCCCCCACCAACCCUGUUUUUUUUUUUAAAAACCCUGAAAAAAGUAAUAAAAAAGAACAAGAGAAAAAAAAAAAAGGUUUCUUUUCUUGUCAGUGCUGGACUGAUGAUUGAUGCUUCCUCGGUGGGGAUGUUGAAUUGUAUUGUAAAGUACAAAAACAGACUUAUUUUUUAUUAUGAAGUGGAGAAAAAGACAAAAAAAACCCCACAAGCAUUGACUUUUUCCUGACACCUUCCUCUUUUCGUUUGGUCACAAUGACUCCGAUGAUGUGCCACACUGCCCCUCCCCCCCGGAGGACUGACCGGUCACUGGCGGCCGACCGCUUCCUGUAGACUUCCUGCUUCCUGUCUGUGAGUCGUGUGUUUUAGGAGUUAACCUUUAUCGGUAGUACCACAGACUCACCACUGAGAGGAGCUGCGUUGCGGCACGGGAGAGGGCGGACGGCGAUAACCCCCCCCCCACCACCACCACCACCAACACAAGAAACCACCACAACAGUCUCCCAUAACAGGCCUCCUGAACCCUCUGAGACUGUGUGCACGACCCUGCACACAGCCGUGCUCAAGCUUGUGGUAUUUUAUACAGCUACUGAACAACACACAAACACAAACACACACACACAUGCAUAUGUCCUCACCCAUAGAAGAGUCACACACGUUUCUUGCCAGGUUAAAUAUACUACUCUGUUUACCGCCCCGCUCCAGUCAUGAAUGACAAGUAUUUAUUGUAUCAUAAAUACCUGUACCUAUUCAGUAGAUCCCCCAUGUAUCAAUCUGAUUCUUUUAAUAUAUAUUAAUUUAUAUUUGUCCUUAUUUUUGUAUUAAAAAGACAUAAUCUGUCAAGAUAGCUGAACUAACAAGAUGGUGUCCUUUAUUUUGGUUGAAGAGAAGUUGUGUUUUUUUUUGUUUGUUUUUUUGAUCGCUGAAACUAUUGUGCUUGCCAGAGACCUUAGUUACAUUUUAAUCUGCAAAUGUGACGUGAAGACAUUGUAUAUUUUUGUCGCGUUUCCUGAGAGUUUGUACUGUGCCAUUGCCAGAAGGUCUUUAUAUUAGAGUAUAAAUGUAUAGAUAAUUUCCCUACCUAUGUAUUUCACACACAGAUCUUGUGCGUAGCAUUGACCCUUAGAGGAUUCUUAGAACUGUUUUUACCUUUUUAACAAAUUUAUGCUUUAAGAAAACUGUGACUUUUUCUAAAUGAAACUACUUUGUUAGCCCCUUGGUCUCCGAUGUUAACAUGUUGCUGCUAAGUUUUUGUACCGUAGACUUGGAUCCUGAUCUGUAUGUUAUAUAGAACCUCCUGCCCCUACUGUGCGGGGGGGCACCUUGUGUAACAGAUAAAUAUGUCCCCCCUCCACCUCUACACAUGUGCAUUGUGCUUUAUAUUCCCUCUCUUCUCCAUCCCCAGACUAAUGUCAGUUCCCUGACUGAUGUUUGUUUAUUAAACACAAUAUUUACCUCA